GUCAGCUUCACCACAAUACAUUGGCCUUUUCCAAGUUGACGGACUAGAGACGGCUCUACGUACUUGAAUUGAUCCAUCUCGCUCUGAGACUGCCAUGUUUCAGAAAGUACGGUCCUUUUUCUCCAAGCGUUCUUCUCCCUCUUGCUCCUUUCAAGUUCUCUCCGAUCUCCACCUUGAAAUCAACCAGCAGUAUCUCUCUUAUGAGAUUCCUGCUUGCGCUGAACACUUGAUCCUCGCGGGCGACAUCGGCCGUCUGGCUGACUACGAGCAUUAUCGCGAUUUCUUGCAAAGACAAACAGACCGCUUCAAGGUAGUUCUGUUGAUCCUCGGCAAUCAUGAAUUCUACACCGGGCCUUACGCCGCGGGGCUGGAAAAGGCCAGGCAGCUGGAGCAGGAGCCCUCCCUGAACGGACGGCUGAUCGUUCUCAACCAGACACGAUACGAUGUCCCGGGAUCCAAUGUCAGCGUACUGGGCUGCACGCUCUGGUCCAAAGUGCCCGAUGAAUCGCGGGAGAUUGUCCAGGCGAAGAUUCAAGACUUCCGCAAAAUCACGGGUUGGACCGUGGAUGCCCACAACGCGAUGCACGACGCUGAUCUCGCGUGGUUACAGGAAGAGAUCCAGUCGAUCCGUCAGGAGAAUCAUCAAGAUGAGACGAUGACACGGGCAGGAAAGCGGAGUCCUCCCUCUACUAGUCGUCCCAGGCGGUCGAUUCUCGUGGUGACCCACCACGCACCCUCACUCGAAAGAACAUCCGCCCCGCAACACGCGCAGAACCCUUGGAGAUUUGCGUUCGGCACGGAGAUCCUAUCUCAGACUUCCGAGGGCGUCCAGGCCUGGGUGUUUGGGCACACGCAUCACAGCACCGAGUUCAAGGCGGGCUCGGUCAAGGUGGUCAGCAACCAACGGGGAUAUGUGUUGCCUUGGAGCAAUCCAGCGACUGCAGAGACUACAUUCGAUGUAAGAAAGGUAAUACGUAUUUCAUGAGUCGGGGUGAAACUCAUAGAUCUAGUCAUACAGAGCCUUCCCGCGGACUAUCCAUAAUGGGAACUCGAAAGUGUAGGUAGUUCACAUUACUGGAGUGUUUUGCUGCAACUGAAGUUCCUGUCUCCCUGCCUGACUAAGGGCAGCACUGUCUUUAUCAGGGCAUUGGCAAACCAAGGGACCUCCAGGGAAGUCAAGGAGUAACUUAUUGCGUGUGCUCCAGAGAAAGUUCGACUUCAGUUGUAGCAACUCCGGAAGCCUCUCGCGCUCAAUAUUGAACAAGUCAAAGCUGGGCUCAGGGUCUCACGCGGGUGCUGUUUGCCAGGGGGUUGAAGAGGCAUAAUCCAGAGCUUGGGUUGUCGGGGAGUUUGAAGGCGGGGAAUGGGUGGUGAGUUAUGAUUUAUGAGUUGUAUGGGUUGGAGUGAUGGUUACUUAGG